GACGGAGGAGACUGAGCCCGCAGGGACCGGCGGCCGCGCGCGCUCCACCCCGCACCCGCUCGCUCGCUCGCCCGCUCGCCCGCCCGUCGCUCCCGCUCCCCGCGCCGCGCCUCCCACCCUGAGCGGAGCCGCCGACGAUGAUAAACACCCAGGACAGUAGUAUUUUGCCUUUGAGUAGCUGUCCCCAGCUCCAGUGCUGCAGGCACCUUGUUCCAGGGCCUCUGUGGUGCUCCGAUGCCCCUCACCCACUGUCGAAGAUCCCCGGUGGGCGAGGGGGCGGCAGGGAUCCUUCUCUCUCAGCUCUCAUCUAUAAGGACGAGAAGCUCACUGUGACCCAGGACCUCCCUGUAAAUGAUGGGAAACCUCACAUCGUCCACUUCCAGUAUGAGGUCAGUGAGGUGAAAGCCUCCUCAUGGGAUGCAGUCCUGUCCAGCCAGAACCUGUUUGUAGAAAUCCCAGAUGGAUUAUUAGCUGAUGGGAGCAAAGAAGGAUUGUUAGCACUGCUAGAGUUUGCUGAAGAGAAGAUGAAAGUAAACUAUGUCUUCAUCUGCUUCAGGAAAGGCCGGGAAGACAGAGCUCCACUUCUAAAGACCUUCAGCUUCUUGGGCUUUGAGAUUGUGCGCCCAGGCCAUCCCUGUGUCCCCUCUCGGCCAGAUGUGAUGUUCAUGGUUUACCCCCUGGACCAGCACUUGUCCGAUGAGGACUAGUGGUCAGAGGAUGCUUUGUCCGAGAGCUGCAGUGAGGUCAGAAGGGAAGCCAUGUAGCCCUAGGACAGACAAGGGGGCUCCUUGCUGUCUAGGGCAGGACGCCAAGGGGCUCAGGGUGAGGGUUGCCUAUUAUGUUCUCGGAGUUGACUGGUUGAAAUUGUUUUCCAUAAAGAACAGUAUAAACAUAUUAUUCACAUGUAAUCACCAAUAGUAAACGAAGAUGUUUCUGAACUGGCACUAGAAGCUUCUUAUCUGCGCUGUGUGAUGUGCUCUAUCUAGCCUGGGGAGGAAUUUCCUGGAGGGGCCGGGCCAGGCCCGAGGGCUGGUGGGAGGGCUGGUGGGAAGCCCCGAGGGUGCAGCAUCCCCUGUUGGUGGGUUUUUCAGUUUUAAGAUGUGUAUUUUCUUUCCUGCUUCCUUUCAUCCUGGCCUUUUCAGCCCUUAGGCAGUGGCCUCAGAAUUGUUUUUUUGACAGCCACACCUGGGCUUCUCUGUGCAUUAGUGUCUGGCAGUCCCAGGUCCCAGCCCAACCCUUCUUUUACAGUUUAGUGUUUUUCUGGCAUUUGGUUAAGCUGGCUUAAUCUGUUUCAUGUUAUCAGUGCAUUUUUAAAUAGGGAUACUGAAGUUCACUCUCACCACCAGGGCUUUUUUGGGGGUGCCUGAACCUUAGAAACACUAGCAAACCCCGGUUGUCAAACACAUCAUGAUCUUGGCUACAGGACCAGCCCCACGGUUUCUCCUGCCUAGGGUCACAGAGGGGAGGAAGAGCUGCAGCUCAGGGCCUGGGGCUGAUGCGGAACCGUUCUUCAGGACUGGAGGCCUCUGCCUGGUUAGUGCAAACUUGCAGCCCUCACCAGGUUCUAAGGAGUGAUUGCUGAGACCCUACUCCACAACCAGGGGUCGGCAGUGUGUGCACAGGUGGCCAGCAUGUCCUAAGCAGGAGAAAAUGGGAGAGAUCAAGAUUGAGUGAGGGGGGCGGGGUGCCAGGAAGGCAAAUGUGUUGUGUUUCUGUGUCAAUAAACUGAUUUAAAGUUG